UCUCUUUGUAAUUUUAGUUAAAAUCUUGUUUUUUUUUUCUGCAAUGGCUUCUUCAUUCAGUUCAUGUUCUAACACAAAUGCUACACAAAGAAAGCAUUUCCCAUUAGAACGGAGACCCCGAAUGCUAAAAGAUUUCCUUCUGGAUGACUCCAAUUCGUGUUCCUCGAAUGGGUUCAAAUCAUUUCCAAGAAUAGCCUGCCAGGAUUGUAGCAGCAACCGAAAUCUCAUUCAAAUUGAUCUCAACUCUGGCCAUGCAAAGCCAAACUAUGCACAGAGACUUCAAAGAAGCCGAUCAAAAGCUGCCUCCACAACAAUCUCAGCAUUCAAGGCAAUGAUCAACGCUGUCAAACGCAUCCAUUUCAUGACUUCUCCUUCAAUCCUGCCUAGAAGCCUUACACGUAAAUUGUCAACAAGGAAUUCACGGCUCGACUUUGAAAACAAAGAAAGUGAAAUCAAAAUUACUGUGAGAGUUAAAGAUAUCAUACGCUGGAAAUCAUUCCGUGAUUUGGUCGAGGAAAAAUCUCGACCGUCAUAUUUUGCUUCGUCUCCUCAUGGUUGCACAACCAUCACAACAGCGGGAUCCACGUGUACUCCUUGUAGAAGCAGUGGCUCAAGCUGGUGUGACAGCGAUUUUACCAGGGAAUAUUUACUUACCAAGGAAUAUGGUGAAAAUGAAGUUGAGGUGGGUAAAAAAUUCUUACCAUGUGUCGGCAAGGAUCCUAUGGAGACGACAACAGAGUUAACAGCUAACCAAACAGUGGGACCCAAAGUAAGUAAAUAUAAUUUGGUGCAUCUUGACUUUGGCUCUGACGAAUUUUCUCUGGUUGGGUACUUGGGUAUACAUGCGAACCACCUGCAUUUGUUUAAUGGUUCGGAUUUGUCUGGAAGGAAGUAUGCAAGUGAAGAGAAAGAACAGCACAGUCCACUUUCGGUGCUUGAUUUCGAAUAUGAAGAAGAUGAUGAAGACUCAUUCUCCUCUGUCAAUCAAAGCCUCGCCGUAAUGGAGAGAACAAAGCUAAAGCUCACGCCAAAGAUCCGGCGUUUCGAGAGUCUAGCAAAAUGGAUGUCCUUGGAAGAAGCUGGUGAUGAUGUAGAAGAAGAGGAAGAAACAAAUGAAGUCGAACAAAAGGCACGGCUGCUGCUGAAUCAUGUCAAAGAAACAAGUUCAUUGAAGAGCUAUAGUAAUAUCAGUACCGAUAAACUGGUUUUGGAUCUAUUCAGAGAAGAAUUAACAACAGAGUGGAAUCAUAGUCAAACAAGAAAUGCAGACCUGGAAAAUGUUAUGGUUAAGCUAGCAAAAGCAUGGAUCAAUGGAGAACAGAACGAGACAGCAAAAUGGGGAGUAGGGGAAAAAAAAGAGGCGUGUGUUAGAGAUAUGGACAGGGAAGGAAGGUGGAGCAAGUUUGAGGAAGAGCAAGAAGAGUUGGCCUGGGAAGUUGAGAGAGGGGUAAUGAGCAUUUUGGUGGAUGAACUAUUAGUUGAUCUCCUACAAUUCUGACCGCAAAAGCCAAAGUUGAAUUGACACGUUUUUCGGCCAUCAAUUUAACCUGAGGAACAACGAGAGACACAGUUGGCCAGAGCAUGGAUCCUGCUUGUCAUGUUACCACCUGAACAUUGAAAAAGAGCAGGAAUCUCUGUUGUUUGACAUUAUAUAUGGGCGACGUCCAUAAUAUCGAGAGUUUAAUGGUAAAAAUGCGUUACUAGAGCUUAAGGCAUUGUAACGAUGGGGAGAAGAAACCCAUGAAAAAGGGAAAAUCUCAUGCCCUCAGUUUGGGUCCUGUAGUCUUAUGAAUCAGAAUAUAUGCUGAAAUUUGGU